GGUGGUGGACCGAUUUUCCAAGGCGGCCCACUUCAUCCCUCUCCCCAAGCUCCCAUCCUCCCGGGAGAUGUCUCAACUGAUGGUGGACAACGUCUUCCGCCUUCAUGGUCUUCCGGUCAAUGUCGUGUCUGAUAGGGGUCCUCAGUUCACCUCUCGGUUUUGGAAAGAGUUCUGUCGACAGAUCGGGGCCUCAGCGAGUCUGUCGUCAGGUUUCCAUCCUCAGACCAAUGGGCAAUGUGAGCGAGCCAACCAGGAACUCCAACAUCCAACUGACAUCCAACAAUCCCAGUUCCUGGAGCCAACAGCUCUCGUGGGUGGAAUAUGCUCACAACUCCCUACCCGCCUCAGCCACAGGUAUGUCCCCAUUUGAGUGCUCUCUGGGUUAUCAACCACCUCUGUUUCCCUCCCAGGAACUCGAUGCUGCGGUUCCUUCAGCUCUGGCGUUCGUCUGGUGGUGCCACCGGACCUGGACGAGGGCCAGAGAGGUUUUGGCCCAAACCUCCCUGAAGACCAAGACAGCGGCCGAUCGCCACCUGGUCUCUCCUCCUGCGUAUGUGUGCGGUCAACGGGUAUGGCUCUCCAUCAAGGACCUACCUCUCCGGGCGCCUUCCCGUAAGCUGGCACCCAGGUUCAUUGGGCCAUUCCGGAGCGCCAAGGUGGUUAAUCCAGUGGCCGUGCGGCUCAAGCUUCCUCCACAUCUUGGUCGAGUUCACCCUGUAUUCCAUGUUUCCAGGGUUAAACCCGUAGUCUCCUCCCAUCUCAACCCAGCCAGUUCUCGGCUCACCCCCCCUCCCCCUCGACUGGUGGAUGGCAUUCCGGCAUAUACCGUCAGGAAGUUGCUGGACAUCUGCCGUCGAGGCAGGGGCUUUCAAUACCUAGUGGACUUGGAGGGUUAUGGCACUGAUGAGAGGUCGUGGAUUCCCUCGCGGGAUGUGUUGGACCGGUCGUUGAUCAUGGACUUCCACCGGAGACGAGCUCUCGUUGGCGUUCACCUCGACCUCUACCCAUCGCAGGCAACUACCCGCAGGCGGAGUCCGGAUUCCAUUCCUGGUCGUGGUCGACCUCCAGAUUCUCAGCACUGGUCCCGGGUUGAGUGGGGUCCCCAGUCACUUCCCUCCACGUCUUAUUGUCGGAGACCUAUCCUCAGCCCGAGUCGCCGUGUUCAUCCCUUCUGGGGACUCCAGUUCUCACCGGUUGGGUUUUGUUCUAUUGACUGCUGCCUGUAUUUAAUAAACUCCUUCGGAUUUCGCCGCACUUGGGUCGUCCUGUAUUUCUGUCAUGACACAUACGUACUACAAUAAACUGCACGAACAAAGUACUAUCACAUUUUUACUAUAGUAAUACUAUUUCUUUCUGUAUUUAGCACUAUAGAAUAUAUUAUAUAUCACAUAAUGGCAAAUGUCAUUGUUUUACCAAUAUUAAUUCGUAGUACUACCCCAGUAUCGCCACUACUUGUAAAGGUGGUCAUUUUGAAUUCACCACAACUGUCAUGAAACAAAGGAAAUAAUGAUUAAGUUUGAAGGAC